CUAUUCGCGUUAACUUCCUCGUUUUGAGCUGUCAGUGUAAAUAGAGUGGGUUAAAUGGAGGUAUUUAUCUUGCACUACUAAAAGUAUUAUUUCUUACUCUAUGUAGUGAACUUAUAUGUAUUAAGGAAGGUCCUAUUUGGUAUUGGACACCGUGUGAAGCUGUUUAUAAUUCAUUUCUCGUUUCAGAAUGAAGUCCCCAUGGACUUUGCUCUUUCUCGGCCCGCUGCUGUGCGCUCCUUCGGCUUGGGCUGUUUUGAAGCCUAAUUUUGUCCUAAUGAUGGUGGAUGAUCUGGGAAUAGGAGACCUUGGAUGCUAUGGAAACACAACUCUGAAGACCCCUCACAUCGACAGGCUGGCAGAGGAUGGAGUGAAGCUGACCCAGCACAUCGCUGCCUCUCCUCUGUGUACACCCAGCAGAGCUGCCUUCCUCACCGGCAGAUACCCCAUACGAUCAGGAAUGGCCAGCCACGGUCGUGUUGGGGUGUAUAUAAUCUCUGCAGUAUCUGGUGGCCUUCCUAAGGAGGAGAUCACAUUCGCCAAGAUCCUGAAAGAGCAAGGCUAUACAACAGCUCUGAUUGGAAAAUGGCACUUGGGCCUGAACUGUGAGCACAACACCGAUCACUGCCACCAUCCCAGCGUUCAUGGCUUCGAGCACUUCUACGGCAUCCCCAUGACCAACCUGCGUGACUGUCAGCCAGGCCAUGGCUCCGUCUUCUACAACGUCCGAGCGCACAUUCCCUACAGAGCGCUGGGUACCGCCCUCGCCACCCUACUCCUCCUCCACGCUAAAGGACUGGUUCUCAUAUCCCGCAGGCUCGCUCUGUGCCUGGGGGCGACACUGUUUAUGAUGAUAGCUCUGUUUUUCCUCUGGGUGCUCACGUUCCCCUACUUCAACUGCUUCUUAAUGAGAGGACACGAGGUGGUGGAGCAGCCGUACGUGUCCGAGAAUCUCACGCAGAAGAUGACCAAAGAGGCCAUCGAGUUCCUGGAGAGGAAUUCUGCGAGACCGUUCCUGCUCUUCUUCUCCUUCCUCCAAGUUCACACAGCUCUGUUCGCUUCUCCUCACUUCCGCGGGAAAAGCAGGCAUGGCCUGUACGGAGACGCAGUCAUGGAGGUGGACUGGAGUGUAGGUCAGAUAAUGAAAACUCUGCAGCGGCUAAAGCUGAAGGAUAAGACGCUGGUUUAUUUGACCUCAGAUCAAGGCCCGCACUUAGAGGAGAUAUCCAUCCAUGGCGAGGUGCACAGAGGUUACAGCGGCAUAUAUAAAGGAGGGAAAUCAACCAAUUGGGAAGGAGGGAUUCGGGUGCCGGGGAUCCUUCAUUGGCCGGGAGAACUUCCUGGAGGAAAGGUUAUCGAUGAGGUCACAAGUAACAUGGACCUCUUCUCUAGCAUGGUGAAAUUAGCUGGAGCUAGCAUACCCAGUGAUCGGGAGAUAGAUGGACGUGACCUCAUGCCAUUGCUGCAGGGUCGAGUGCAGCGUUCAGAACAUGAAUUUCUGUUCCAUUACUGCAAUGCCUUUCUGAAUGCUGUGAGGUGGCACCCUGCUAACAGUACCUCGAUAUGGAAAGCCUUUUUCUUCACUCCUGAUUUCUACCCUGAAAACUCUACCACCUGUUUCCACACGCACGCGUGCUUCUGCACUGAGGCCUACGUGACCCGUCACGACCCUCCGCUGCUCUAUGAUCUGUCGAAGGACCCAUCUGAAACGAACCCGCUCACCCCGGAUACAGAGCCCAACUUCAGCUCCGUGCUGGAGGUGAUACUGGAGGCAGAGAGGGUGCACACGCUGGGUGUUAAAGCCACCGAGGAACAGCUCUCAGCCAAACACAUGGUCUGGAAGCCCUGGCUCCAGCCGUGCUGCUCCUCCCUCCACCAGCUGUGCAUGUGCCAACGAGACUGGCAGAGCGGGAUUGUGGUAAAUGCAGGAGAGGGGCAGGAAGAGAAAGAGAAAUGAGUCAGUAGGUCCGCUCCAAUUGGUGUGGACAGAUCUGCAUCCUGUAACUCCUGGGCUGAAAAUGAGUCCUACUUCAGCUCUCCACGGUUGUCAUGUUUAGAUGGAAAAGAUGGCUGUGUAUACACCCAGUAUUGGAAAAGCACGACUUAGUUCCAUGUAAGUUAACUGUGAAAUGAAUGGAACAAAUGUGGUUGGUUUUACGCUUGUGCAAAGAAACAAGCCAGCAAAUCCUGUCUCAUGAUUAGACAAACUGCUUGAAGAAAAUGCAGUCAGCCUGGAUGGUGUAGUGCCCCAGAAAUCUACGAAUAUAAGGCUAAAAUAUCCCAUUCCUAUGACAUGUAGAUCCUUAAAAAGAAACCCAGAGUUCUGCACCUGCAAGUAUACUUUACAAAAUCCUGACAAUGUGACUUUGAAAAAUGGGGGGAAAAAAAUGAUGUGUGAAACUCUCCACCUCCUGCAGUAUCACAGUCUCACCUAAUGAUAAAGUGCCCUAGAAACCUUGGAAUGCAACACUAAAUAUCACACACUUAAUCCCACGGCUAGGAUUUAAUCCCGUAAUCCCAUGGCUGGACCUUAUAUAGGACCCUGAGUUCAGAUGCUAAUAUUAAAAUCCCUUGGCACGCUGGCAAGUGUUGGAACUUGCAUUCCAGCCUUUCCUGCUGAUCUGCUGCACUGCUUCAGUCUCAGCGGAUGAAAGAGGAUGUGAAAGAAAGGGAAUCUCGCUCUUCUGUUGAGUUUGGAUGAUUUAUGAAAGGCCUUUGGAAGCUUCAUCGAUUUCUUUGAGGUGCACACAGAUGCAAAAGAUGCAAGCUUUUCCAUCAUAGUACGCACAAACCCGGGCCUUUUCACAACAAGUUGCUUAACAGAGCUAUUAAAUCCAGUCACUGCCAUGUCUUUUCAAAACAAAUACCUCAAUUGUCUAUUUUUCUUUAGCUUUAUUGGCAGUUUUUAUGGGUCGUACGCUGAAUUCAAACUGGACGUGUUGUCAAGCAUUCUUCAGUCAGUCCACACCGGUCGCACCUCUUCUACUUGUAGGAGAAAGAACAACAGGGCACUUUGAUCUUAAUCUGUUUGGGAAGCUCUAGCAUUCGAUUAUCAGUUAGGAAUUGGUGAAUUCCUAACUGAUAAUCGAAUGCUAGAGUAGAAGAGGAAUUGGUGAAUUCCUAACUGCCCUUCCUUCUGCCCAUUUUCUUCUUUGUAUUGAGAGCGAUAUUAUGACUGGAGCUGCUGUAAUAUUGCUGUUGGUGUAAACUAAGUCAUGACAUCUAUGUAGAUUAUGAUUUUGAAUGAAAAACUCAGUGAUUUACACUUUACCUAUGCAUACACAAUUGAAUCCAAAAUCAUAUCCUGUGUCGCUCAGCCUUUAGACUCUAUUCACUCUUGCUGGAUACUGCAUAUGAUGAUAAACAUCUCAGGUAUGGAUGAAACUCCCAAGAUGGUACUGAUUCUCUCUGGUCCAGGAUACUUGGAGAACCACAAUCCAUUUAUGACAGUGAGUUGGUUUGAAUCCCAGAUAGAACUUUCAUUUAUCUCUUUAACAUGAUUAUUGAGAAUUAUCUGGAGCAUGAGGUAAGACACUGGCGAGGGUGGCUCACUCAAUUAAGACCGUAUGCUUGGAAAAGUGGUAAUAGUUUGGCAAUUUGGAGCCAGGGAGCACCUGGCAGUGGAGUAGAUAGUUUAUUUAAAGAGUAGAGUUUCUGUUGCCAACAUCGCUAUACAGCCAUCCUUUUUCUCACUGCCUCGAGCCAGCUGGUCCAGUUCCAUUUGAAGAGAGAAAUGCAUCCCGUCUCGGCGUCUUUAAUUUCUCUCUGCCUUGAACUUCAUUAAGCAGUGUUUUUGAUAACUGUUGGGGAAUAAUUGCUACUUCCAGUCAACAGCUAAUGAGACUGAUGCGGGUUUUGUUAUUCAUAUUCGCAGAGUAACAACUAAGAUUUACUUUCCUCCAAAUGCCUCAACGUGUUGUGCGGCAUAUAAUUAAAUUACACUCUGUUUUUGUAAACACUUUGCUUUAUUAAUUAACAAUUAAGUGCCAAUUGUGGUGCCAGAGGUUUGAUUGAACCUUUUUGUGUUACCUGCCGAUUGAAAUGGGGCAUCAAAGUGAUUAACCUGAGUAAAUGUUGUGUGUGUGUGUGUGUGUGUGUGUGUUUGUGUGGAGGGAGGGAUUUAACCCUCUACUUCUUGAUAUGUAAGAUCAUCUGCAAUCCAGAUUACAGAUACAAUCCCACAGUUUGGCAGCAGUAAUGAUUAGAUGUGAAAUAUUUAUGGAUUAUUGGCAUGCCGGCGAGUUUGAAAGAAAUAAACCCCAGCUUUUAUAGCUAUGGCCAUGACCACGUGUUUACUCUGGCUGGCACCACAGUGAAAUCACACUCAACAACUGGACCGUGCCAAGCCACAGCAUAUGUGCUGCAGAGAUAUACUCCCUGCCCUCAGUCACCUAACUAUUGCUCCAAAUAGAGGCUAACCCACUCCUGAAGGAACUGUGAUCAAUCCCACCCAUCCUUAUGGUUCAUUUUUUUAGUAUAUCUGCCUGCAAUGCUUUCUAAUGAAUUUAGUUGGAUCGGUUUUCCAAAAUAUAAACCAAUUAGUAAUUUAUACUAAAGUGAUUUUACUGAAGAUGAAUGAAUGAACAUACUGUGUGUAAUUGAGCAAUCUGUCAUGUCCAAUAAAGUUCCUAUAACAUUCAUAUCUGACCACCUGCAUGACAAUAGAAGCCUGCUCCAGUGACUUUUUGCAUUAGUAUCAACAUCCAGUCCACCACAUUGAAGACCCCAUUUGCCAUUUCUAUGCUGUUUACCCCCAAUGGUACCCAAUACGAUUCAAAUAUAGACCCUAUUCACAAAGAAUUUUUGUUCCACAUCUGAUAUUUCAAAUUAUUUUCAUCCUCAAGCAAACCCUGAAAUGAUUGGUACACUGCCAGACAUUAACCUUUCUCUUUACAAAUGAACCUGCGCAGCUCAGCUGGGCUCGGCUUGGUCCCGUUUGUGCAACAAAAUGGUUCUCGCGCAUCUGCUAGGGACAAACAUCAGUGUGCAGGAUAGCCGUCUACCCUCGGCAGUCCAUGCUCUCCUUUAUUUUUUUUAUUCCACACUCGCUGCCUCGAGGCUCAUGACAUGGCAGGGUGUAAUUACAUAGGCAAAUGAAUACACAUGUUGGGAAGCUUCUAGAAAACAAGUACACUAGGGCUUCCUCUAUUCUUGAGGCCACAUUUCCAGUGGAAAGAACGAGGAAUAACAGGAGUGUGAGCCAGGGAAUCUCUAGCCCCAUGUGUUACAAUGUUUUCCCCUCUUAACACAGCACCCAGCUGUUCUAUGAGUGUAAAUUCUACAAUGGACAUCUUACUAAUGAUGGUGGAUGAAGCUGUACUGUCUCAUCUACUGACUUAUUUAUUCAUUUGGCAGACAGUUUUACCCAACUAACAAAUGAGACAGGUUUAAAUUGAAGCAUAGCGGUAAGCAGUCAAGGGCCUCUGAUACCUGUUUUCCACCAACGAGGCAUCAGUGUCCUGUAUGAUCUGGCUUUCUUUGUGUUUCUGCCAUGAACCCAGUUCUCCUCUACUGUGGAAAAAAGGACCAAUGAUAUUAGCAUCAUUUCAAUACUAUGACAAGAACUGCUGUUUACAUGACUUCCAUUAAAAUAUGAAGUGAAGCUAAGAAACAUACUGGUGGAAGCAUAGUUUUGUUCUAGUGGGUCGGCUAUUAAACUCAUGGAAAUAUGACUCGGUUCUAGCAGUUUGACUAUUACACCUGUGGAAAUGGGUUGGUUCUAGUGGUUUGCCUAAUAAACUGGUGGAACCAUGGCUUGGUCCCAAUGGUUUGGCUUUAAACUGAUGUAAAAAAUGGGUCAGUUAUAAAGUUGGCAAUUAAACUGGUAGAAACUUUGGUGGAAACAUGGAUGGGUUCUAGUGGUUUGGAUAUUAAACGGGUGGAAACACGGCUUGGUUCCUAUAAAAGCUCCGGUUUCAUGGUUGUGGAAAAAGUAGCAUGGCAGUCCUGGGGUUUGAACUCAUAACCUUCUAAUUAUACAGCACAUUUUUCAGUUUUAUUCUUAAAAAUUCUCCAAAGAAUUAUGUCAGGGCUUCUGAGCUACAAAACAGAAACGUUUUCGCCUGAUUGUUGGGAAAUUCGAAUUCCAACAAUUUCACUAACAUCCGUAGAUUAGGCCUUAAUCUCUAGGUGGAAUGGCUGGCAUUACGACACUAGCACAGUUACUGUACUGUCCUGAGUUGUUAGCACACGUCUGCACGUGCACUUUAUGUAGAAUGUCUGUAGAUCUUAUUUAGUUCUGUGUCGUCUCAUGUGGUUAGUGUGCUGUUUUACGUAGCACCAUGGUCCUAGAGGAACGUUGUUUCGUUUCACUAUGUACUGUACCAACUGUAUAUGGUUGAAAUGACAGUAAAACAAUAUGAAUUUGAACUAGACAUUUGUGGCUGAUUGCCCUGUGAUGUAGCAUAAGACCAUAGAUCAUUCGAAGAUCACAUAACGGGGGAACUGAAAACAUUUGGAUGGAAGUAGAUAACUGGCUUCAUGUCUCAGAGGAAGCAAAUGUGUGUUGUUGUUGUUGUUGUUGUUUUUUUAAAAAGUUUAUACAAAGAAUAUUGUAACAAAAUCAUCAAAUGAUAAAUAUCUAAAUAUGGCAUGUGCUUCAUAAUUACCCAUAGUAGACGCUCCAGAGAAUCCAUAGCAUGAAUAAUGUUUCAACUACGCUUUGUCUUAUGUUUUAAAAGACAAAUGGGAUAUCAUGUGAUGCCAGUGAUCCACAAAGCUGAUUCAUUCAUCAGCAUCAACUUAAUGGUGCUCAGUAAAUAAUAUGCAGCUCGUGUCUAAUGGAUACUAAUUGAAGCAGCUGCAGUGUUAGCAUCUAAACGCUGCCUUCAUGUAUCUCUUCUGGUGGAACUACUUUAAAAGGUUUCAUGUUGAAUGUUAAACAACAAACAACACAAUGACUUCUAAAUUGGUAGAACCAUGGCUCAGUCCUAGAGGUUUGAGUAGUAAACCUGUGGAAAUGGGUUGGUUCUUGUGGUUUGACUACUAAACUCAUGGAAAUGGGUAGGCUGUAGCGGUUUGGCUAAUAAACUGGAGGAAACAUGGCCCAGAUCUAAUGGUUUGGCUACUAAACUGGUGAAAACAUGGCUGGUUUAGCACCUGGGUUGUAGUGAUAUAGCUAUUAAACUGGUUGAAACAUUGCUCACUUCUAGCAGUUUAGGUGGAAACAUAUGUUAGUUCUAUUGGGUUGGCUGUAAACUUGUGGAAACAUGGUUCAGUUCCAGUGGUUUGGCUAUUAUACUAGUAGGAACGGAUCAAUUCUAGUGGUUUGGCUAUUAUACUGGGGUGAACAUGGCUCAAGUCUAAUGCUUUGGCUGUUAUACUGGUGGAAACAGAUCAAUUCUAAUGGUUGGGCUAUUAUACUGGGGGAAAGAUUGAUGAAUUAAACAUGGAUCAAGUCUAGUGGUUUGGCUAUUAUACUGGUGGAAACAUGGAUCAAUUGUACUGGUUAGGCUAGGAGGGAGCAUGGCUCAGGUCUAGUGGUUUGUCUUCAUGCAUUCCAGCUCAAGCACACCUGGUGCAACUAAUGAAGCCCAUGAUUAGUUGCAUUAGGUGUGCUUGAGACAACACCUGUUUUGCAUAUUUGUGCUGUCGUGAGGGAUUCAAUUCAGGAGGUUGAAUAAUUUUGAGACUGGAGAAAUCACUAUAAGUUGCAUUUUCAGUUGAAUUUGGGGAAACCACUUGAAGCAUUCGUUGUGUUGAACUAUUUCAAUUGCUUUUGUUCGGUUUGUUUGUUGCAAACAGCUGAAAUUCUGUACUUUUUGACAAUAGACCUGAUUUGCAAUGGGGGUGGAAUAGAUUUGAUUGCAACUGUAGAGAAACUAUAGCAUGAAUUUGGUGUAACUUUCAUAGCAGGCUACCUCAUGUACAAACACAUUUUAUCAAUCAGGUACGCAAAACUACUGCAGGCUCAGUGCACAAUUGUUUCUGGCGGAAUAGAGUUCUAUCAGCCUGUUUGAAGGCAAGUUGAAGGCGUAUUUAUGCCUCCUCAUCUCUUUCUCUUACUUUGUCGUUAAAUCACAAACACACAUAGGGCACCACGAAUCUUUCACCCUUCCCCGGGGAAACAUCAUAACCGGCUGGUGAUAUCAAGGCCAAGCAAAAUGGCUGUUCAGAGAGGUUAGACGACUCGCAGAGUUCAAACGGCCUUUCUCAUGGAUACGCUUGUUCUCUGAGCAUGAAACCGAGGACCUGCAGACAAAUUCCGUUAUGGUGUUGUUGUAAAAACUGGUGGCAGGGAUCCUGCUGUGAGUUUUAGCUUGGGUAGAUAGUGUUCUCGAAUAAGACAGGCUUCAUCUUUGAUUCUGCACUCCAGCAAGAGUUCGGUGAGGGCACGUUCUUUCAAAUUCAACCCCCACUUAUUUUUGCUUCCUGCUUUCAUAAUGUCAUGCUUAGGCUAAGCCAAUUCUCUCUACAUUGGCAUCUCGGUUAAAUCCAGAAAUAACCUUCAAAUAUAUUCAAACUUCAGCUGCCAGACUUCAGCUGC